UGAUAUGAAGUUUAUAUUGAGCAAAUGUGUUUUUUCCAGAUCUGGUCGCAGUGUUGUGCCCCAAGGGUCCCUUGCGCAUUCUCGUCGAGACUGCACAAGAGAGAAAUGAACCAAUAUUCCCAGCUCUGAUCUAUUCCUCAACAAUGGUAUGGUUAGUUAACAUGGCAGAUACUGAUCCAGAAGCCAGGCCGGACCCUCCAAAAGAUUCUGGUUUGCCACCACCUGGUCUUACCCUUAAUGAGACUUAUGCUGAUCCAGGCUCGACCCAGGCAGAUGAUGGGGGAUUCACUCAGGAAUGGACAAACAGCAGAAAUGCCAGGUUGGGUCCUAUGGAAUCGACCCAGGAGAGUCGGGCAGCAGUGCAGGCUCUGCCAGGCCCUCCAGUGGCAGUUGAAGAUCCAGAGGAAAGGGGUGUGAAACUUGGUUUAGGUGACUUCAUAUUCUACAGUGUCCUUGUUGGAAAAGCAUCAGCAGCAGCAAGUGGAGACUGGAAUACGACUCUGGCCUGCUUCGUGGCAAUAUUAAUUGGUUUGUGCCUUACUCUGCUGCUGCUUGCUAUCUUCAAGAAAGCUCUGCCAGCACUGCCCAUCUCCAUCACCUUCGGCCUGGUUUUCUAUUUUGCGACUGAUAACCUGGUCCGCCCCUUUAUGGACCAACUGGCUUUGUAUCAGUUUUAUAUCUAGUGUUUGUUUUGGAAUAAAUGUUUCAAGUUGUACUGUAAAACUUUCAUGCUGAGCACUGGAAAAGGGAUAUUUUUUGUUGUAACUGUCUCUCAAGUAGAGAACAAUAAAGCUGUGUGGGAUCUGUGUGGAUUACAA